GAAACACAUGAGGAGCAUGAUACUUCUACUGAAAAUGCAGAUGAUUCUAACCAUGAUCCUCAGUUUGAGCCCAUAGUUUCCCUUCCUGAGCAAGAAAUAAAAACUCUGGAAGAGGAUGAGGAAGAACUCUUUAAGAUGCGAGCAAAGUUAUUCCGAUUUGCAUCUGAGAAUGAUCUUCCAGAAUGGAAAGAACGAGGAACUGGUGAUGUAAAACUCCUGAAACACAAGGAGAAGGGAACAAUUCGCCUCCUCAUGAGGAGGGAUAAAACCCUAAAAAUCUGUGCAAACCAUUAUAUCACACCCUUAAUGGAGCUGAAGCCUAAUGCUGGGAGCGACAGGGCAUGGGUCUGGAACACACAUGCUGACUUUGCAGAUGAAAGCCCCAAGCCUGAACUUCUGGCAAUCCGAUUUUUAAAUGCAGAGAAUGCACAGAAAUUCAAGGCAAAAUUUGAAGAAUGCAGGAAUGAAGUAGACAAGAGGGCAAAGAAAGCAGGCACAGACAAAAAUGAUAGUGCUGAUAAAGUUGCUGAAAAACUAGAAGAGCUUUCUGUAAAGGAAGACAGCAAAGAAUCUGAGAAGAAAGAGACCAAGGAAAAAACUGAAGAAAAGCAAUAAAUCAUCCUGGGCCUUGCAGUUUUUCCUUUACAUUUUUCUUUCUUCCUUCUUCUUUUUUUUUGUUUUGUUUUUUUUUUUCUUUUUUUAAUUUUUACAAGGGACUUUAUAAGGAACUGAAUUCAACGUUCA